GCUGCUGGCGCAUGUGCAGCCAAGGCAGAGGCUGCAGAGGGUGACAGGGCCCAGCUCCUCCCCGGCUGUUUGUAGGGUCAGGCUGCGGGACGAGCGCGAUGGAGCAGCUGGGAAAGAGGUCAGGGCCAGCAGCUCGGCUGGACACCAUCCUCCGGCACCUCUCGCCCCGGCUGGGGACAGCCCCUGCUCUUACGAGCAUUCCUACUUCAGCACAUGUUACUGCUGCACCUCAGCCAGGGAGGUUUCGCUAUACCCUGGACAACAACGUCCUCACCCUGGAGCAAAGGCAGUUCUACGAAGAUAAUGGUUACCUGCUUGUUAAGAAGCUCGUCUCCGAUGAAGACAUUGAGCGCUUCAGGAAGGAGUUCAUAAGGAUCUGUAAGAAGGAGGUGAGCCUCCCGGGAGCUAUGAUUAUGAAAAACGAGGCCCUGAAAUCUGAGUGUGGCCAGUCUGAAAAUGUAGUUAAUAAAGUGCAGGACUUCCAGGAAGACGAGGAGCUCUUCAGAUACUGCACCCUGCCCCAGGUCCUCAAAUACGUUGAGUGCUUCACAGGGCCAAACAUCAUGGCAAUGCACACCAUGCUGAUAAACAAACUUCCAGAUUCAGAUAAGCAGACUUUUCUCCACCCCAUGCAUCAGGACCUGCACUAUUUCCCGUUCCGGCCGGCGGACCGCAUCGUGUGCUCCUGGACCGCCAUGGAGAGGGCUGACGAGACCAACGGGUGCCUGGUCGUGCAGCCUGGGACGCACAAGGAGCCCCUGAAGCCUCACGCCUACCCGCAGUGGGAGGGUAAGACAAACAAGCUUUUCCAUGGGAUUAUUGAUUACGACGACAAGGGUCCCAAGGUUCACCUUGUCAUGGAGAAGGGAGACACGGUGUUCUUCCAUCCGCUGCUCAUUCAUGGCUCUGGGAUAAACAGGACGUCGGGUUUCCGAAAGAGUAUAAGCUGCCACUUUGCCAGCUCCGAGGGCUACUACAUCGAUGUCAAGAACACGAUCCAAGAAGACCUGGAGAAAGAGCUGCAAGAAAUGGUACAAAAGAAAUACAGCUUGCCUUCUGUGAAACUCAGGGAUAUCUGGAACUUCCGAGCACGGCUUGUGCAAGGGGAAAGGAUUAAUCUGUAGAAGAAUGUCUGAGGACCAGGAUGGAAAACAUCUGUCCGAGUCUGAGCGCCUCUGAUGGGAGAGAACAGCAGAGUUGUGUGUGCCGUGGUGACCUGUGUACCGGUAACUCAGCCAAAUGCUGCACCGCAAAACCUUUUUAUGCUAAUACAAAAUAAUCGCCCUGAGGUUGAACAGCUGAUGUACGUCAAAGAAAAUGUAACCUAGGAAAACAGAGAUUUGCUGUGGUUAUUUUAGCCAAUCAAAGAAUUAUGGUCUUUAAAGACCACCUUGAUUUUUUUGAUGCUUUCACUCUUUGGUGUUUAAAAGUUUCAUACCUUUGAGCUGAUGCCGUAUUAAUAUCAGAUUUUUAUGCAAGGGUACGUUUUUAAAGUGCCUAACUUCCUUUUUCUAUGCAAAGUAAGCAGUCAGGGGAAUCAGUUUCAUGCAGACCCUCAGUAUGUGCUUACAGGAAGUCAUUAGAACAGCUGAUGAAGAUGGAGACAGUCACAGCAGCAGAAGGGAGCUGUGCAAGGAACUGGGCAAAGGGAAAGCAGCAGCCACUUGCAUAGGGAAAUGGAACUCAUGGGCUGGAACAUGAUCACUGGUGGAGUUCUCCAGACGUGGCCUGGUGUGGUCUGAUAGGUAGCUGGGCAGCACUGACAUGAGAAAAAUGUGUGGUUAAUAGGGUUGGGAAUGGCUGGGCCGGCCAAACUGGUGGCCUUGCACAACGAAAUGGGGCAGUGUGAAACGAGGGAGUCCUCCCCCGAGUCUGGCAGGUCUGGAAAAAGUGUCUGUUGGUGUUGGCUGGUCGGGAGGUGGUUGGGCACUCCUCGGGAUGCAGGGGGUAGACUGAUGUGCACUUUCACUCUCUUUUUCCUUGACUUCUGAAAGAUUCUUUUGCUUUCAGAAUCUGUAUUUUUGGACAUACUUAUUAAAUUAGAGCAAAACUAUA